GAAUUUUAGUUGAAUACCCCUGUGCUAUACCAAAGUGCAGGCCCGUCCCCAACAUCGCUAUCUGAAAACGCAUGUUUUAACGGACCUGGCAACCCCCGUUCCGGUCAAACCAAACGACGCACACUCAAAACCAAUGGCGGACGAAGUUGAGCAGCAACCAUCUACCAACACGGUCGAGGAGCCUCUCGAUCUGAUCAGACUCAGUCUAGAUGAGAGGAUCUACGUUAAGAUGAGGAAUGACCGGGAGCUCCGCGGUCGACUGCAUGCUUACGAUCAGCACCUGAACAUGAUCCUGGGUGACGUGGAGGAGACUGUGACGACGGUGGAGAUCGACGAGGAGACUUAUGAAGAACUAUACAAGUCCACCAAGAGGAACAUCCCCAUGCUGUUUGUCAGAGGAGACGGCGUUGUCCUCGUAGCUCCGCCCCUCAGGGUGGGCUAACCCUGACCACUUCCUGAUGUGAAGGAACGUUUGUGGCAGCUGGGAAGUUUCAAACCCUGAGGGAGAGGGUGGUGCUGUCAUGACAGGCUGAAACGUCUUGGGUUCAAACAUGUUUCGCCCCCUCAGGUCAGACUCUUUUGUCAACACCGUCCCCUUAACAUUCACCAACUGAAGGUCACAUACUUCACAAACUCAACUUUCUUUUGUGGGGCUGUGAGGAUUAAAAACGUUUGGCUCAAGGAAAGAAAAAGGACUUUUGUUUUGGACAAUGAGGGCCAUUGUUUUUGUUUUUAUUUGGGCAAAUUGUUAAAUAGAUUUUGGGAUCAUGGGUGAUUUCAGGCCACCAUUUGAGUUCUUUUUCCUCAGGAUAGAGUAAGGUAGAGCAAUUAAUAAAUCCCCAUAGUUUAAGUUAAGACAGAAAAACUAUUUUUAAUCACCUUGAAAUACAAGUCAAUCUAAAAGUACCAGACCAACAAAUGUCUCAUCAUGGUUUUAAGUCGCUGAACUGCCUCAGACGUGUGUGUGUAAACUGGUUUUGGCCUGAUUUGUCAAGUGUAUUUAAAAAGACAACAGACUGAGCAGAGGGGGCUUUUACGUCAUUUUUGAAAUUACUCAAGUGUAUUUUUAUGUUGUUUCUAAGCAAAAGUCUUUAGUUACUCCAAACCCAUCAUCUGUGAAUAUUUGGGACGUUUGAGUUUGUCUGGGACGGUUUUAUUUUAUGUUUCUUUUUUUUUUAUAUAUAUUUUUGUAGUGCUUGUGGGACUUGAGAGUGCAUCAUGCUCAGAUGUGUAAACGUUUGUUUUCAUUUGGUUUUGGUAACUUGAAUAAAAAAGGUAAUUUGAAAA